AUGCCUGCCGAGCUUCAAAACGCCAUCUGGGAGAUAGCCAGCAACGGAGAAGAGCCGAAGCCCAAGAUCCUCCAAUUCGAGGCAUCGAAGGAUGGAGAAAUUGAGGUGGUAAACCAGCACCAGAUGCUGGUUAAGAUGGCCCUGGACACCACGUUCUCAACCCUCUCCAACGGUCAAGUCAUGAGCUCAGAUGACGUCCUCUACUUCGACCCGGCGCUGUCAUCACUAGACCAGACAUAA